AACAAGUUUUUGGAGAAGACUUUUGUCUUCAGAGAAAACCGUAAAAAGGAACAACGCAUGACAUUGGACGAGAAGAAGCGUACUCUCUUUGUUGGCAAUGCUCCAUUGUCCAUGGAUGAACGAUCAUGUAGAAAGUUGUUUUCUCAGUACGGCCCGAUCGAGUCAGUUCGGAUGAGAGGCGUUAUGCCACCUAAACAAACGAUCACGAAGCGUAUCGCUCAUAUUUCGCACUCUUAUCAUGAGAAGCAGAAUUCGCUGAAUUUCUAUGUGAAAUUUAAGGACGAAGAGUCGGUCAAAAAGGCCCUGUCAUAUAAUGGCACAAUCCUGGACAGACAUCGUAUUCGGGUCGACACCUGUACAACAAAGGCCGAUUAUGACCGGAAACUAACGGCUUUUGUGGGGAACCUACCGCUCGACGUGAAAGACGAUGAGUUGGCAGAGUUUUUCGAAGAAAAUGUUGGAGGAGUCAGUUUUGUUCGCUGUGUAAGAGACUCGUCGAGUGGCAUGGGGAAAGGAAUUGGUUUUGUUGUAUUCAAGUCUCCAUCUUCUCUACCCCUGGCUCUCAGUUUGACAGGAGUGGAAUAUCAAAAACGUGAACUUCGCAUAACAAAAGUGAUGAGGAAGGCUAAAGUCGCUAAGGUACAGCAAGCCAGAAAGAAGAGCAGACCGAAACUAAACAAGAAUCAAGAGGAAAAGAUCAAUAAGUAUAAGUUCUCAACAAAAAAAACUCAACAGAGUGAGCGCCCUAUGCUGAAAAAGAAAGCUAGGAAAGCUAUCCAGAAAAAGAAAAGUGGAAAGCCGGUGAAAAGUCUCAUGCAGUAG